UAGUUAUAAUGAGAUGGACCUAAAAUUUCAGCUAUAAUUAGUAAGGAAAACAAUGACAUGAAAGUAAAAUUCAUGUGAAGUUUUCAGGCAAUGUAGGUUGGCCUAUCUCCUUCUCCAUGGCCGAGCAGAGCUAAAUUAGCAUUGCACGGCCCCUUUGAUCCAAAACCAAACUCUCCCUCGUCGUUUGUCAGGCGUACAGGAAAAUCUUCAACCUUUGAUCUUGACUUGCAUUCGUGAUCUCGUUGUUUUCCUGUACGCCAAUACAAGCCAUGCAUUCCAAUUCCGGUCUUGUCGUUUUUUAUGUACAACUAUGUAUUGUCUUUAGCAUCAUUCAUGCACAACCUGGUCCGGGCCAAAAGAUUUUUCUCAGCUGUGGAGAUCAGAAGGGUGGCAAUGAUGCAGAUGGCAGAAAAUGGGAGCCUGAUGCAAAGUAUCUUGUGAAUUCGGAUAAAACGGUGGAAACCAAAGCCGAAACAAAGGAUUCUUCACUCCCUUCUGAUAUUCCUUAUAUGACUGCUAGGAUUUUUAAUGCUGAGACAUCUUAUAAAUUUUCUGUGAAUGGGAGCAGUAGGAUUUUCCUAAGGCUGCAUUUCUAUCCAUCUUCGUAUCCGAAUGUUAAUAUUUCCAACUCUUAUUUUUCGGUUAAUGCUGGAGGAGUUACCCUGUUGAACAAUUUUAGUGCUGCAACAACUGCUAUGGCCUUAUCACAGGCGUAUAUAAUUAAGGAAUAUGCAUUGGCCCCUUCCAAUAAAAAUGACUUGAGUCUCACCUUUAAGCCUUCUGAUAAGUAUAGUGGGACGUUUGCGUUUCUUAAUGGAAUUGAGGUCAUUGAAACACCGGAGAUGUUUGAUGAUAAUAUAGAAAUGGUGGGAGUUUCUGGUGAAGAUUCAGGGGUGAUGGUGUCGGCCACGACAGCCAGCAUGGAGACAAUGUACAGACUGAAUGUUGGUGGACAAUUUGUUCCACCAACAAAUGAUUCAGCUGGUUUAAUGAGGAGUUGGUAUGAUGAUUCGGCUUAUAUAUUUGGUGCCUCUAGCGGUGUCACCAACAAGGCCAAUACCACAAUCAAAGACAGCGGAUUGACAGGCGUUUUAGCCCCUCUUGAUGUGUACAACACUGCAAGAUCUAUGGGUCCGGAUCCAAAUAUCAACAAAAAUUAUAACUUGACAUGGGUUUUUGAGGUUGAUGCCAAUUUUACCUAUUUGGUGAGGCUUCAUUUUUGUGACUAUCUAUAUCAGAAGGUGAAUCAAAGGGUGUUUACGAUUUAUAUCAAUAACCAAACUGCAGCAGAUACAUUGGAUAUCAUUGCACUGGCAGGCGGCAUGGACCAGCCUGUGAAAAAGGAUUAUGUUGUAAAUGUGAAUGGUAAACAGGACAAUAAAGAGAUCUGGGUGGCACUUCAUCCUAAUGUGAAUGUUAAGCCUGAGUUUUAUGAUGCAGCAUUGAAUGGAUUGGAGAUAUUUAAGCUUGGUGAUGCAAAGUCUAACUUGGCAGGACCCAACCCCGAAAUAUCAGAUUUGAUGCUUAAACAAAUGGAGCUUAAUAACAAGAAAUUUGCUCCUGAAAAAAGCUACAUAGGUGCAAUUGUUGGUGGAGCUGCAGGUGGUGCUGCUGCUUUUGGCAUUGCGGCUGCCAUAAUAUUUAUUGUCAACAAGAGGAACAAGAAACAACACGGGGAUUCAGUAUCUUGGCUGCCACUUUACGGACAUUCUCAUACUUCAGCUACUACAGUCUCUGGCAAGAGCAAUGGCAGUACAAACAUUUCAUCUGAUGCAGCAGCCAAUUGCAGGUUUUUCUCUUUGGCUGAAAUUUUGCAGGCAACCAAGAACUUCGAUGAAUCUCAUGUUAUUGGGGUUGGUGGAUUCGGAAAGGUCUAUAGAGGUGUUAUUGAUGGAGAUACAAAGGUAGCUAUUAAAAGAUCAAACCCCUCUUCAGAACAAGGAGUUAAUGAAUUUCAGACCGAAAUUGAGAUGCUUUCGAAGCUCAGGCAUAGGCAUUUGGUGUCCCUUAUUGGAUUUUGUGAAGAGGGUAAUGAGAUGGCACUGGUUUAUGACUACAUGGGAAAAGGAACUCUAAGGGAGCAUCUUUACAAUAAAAAUAAAGUUACUCUAACUUGGAAGCAAAGGCUGGAAAUCUGCAUUGGUGCAGCAAGGGGAUUGCAUUAUCUUCACACUGGGGCUAAGUACACAAUUAUUCAUAGGGAUGUCAAGACCACCAACAUUCUUCUGGAUGAUAAAUGGGUUGCAAAAGUAUCUGAUUUUGGGUUAUCUAAAACAGGCCCUAACAUGAAUCAAAGCCAUGUUAGCACUGUUGUAAAGGGUAGUUUCGGUUACUUGGAUCCUGAGUAUUUCAGGAGACAACAAUUGACCGAAAAAUCUGAUGUUUACUCAUUUGGGGUUGUUCUUUUUGAGGUUUUGUGUGCUAGACCUGCUCUCAAUCCUAGCCUUCCCAAGGAACAGGUAAGCCUUGCUGAUUAUGCCAUGCAUUGCCAGAGAAAAGGGACACUGGAUGAGAUAAUUGAUCCCCAGCUCAAAGGAAAAGUAAAUCCCGAGUGUAUAAAGAAAUUUGCUGAAUUGGCUGAAAAGUGUUUAGCUGAUCAUGGAACAGAUCGCCCCUCAAUGGGAGAUGUCCUUUGGAACCUUGAAUCUGUGCUGCAACUUGAGUCGGAUCCCACUAGUGUGAAUCAUUCUCCAGCACCAAGUGGAAGCAUAGAGUAUGAUAAUGCCGAACAGAUUAAUCAGGCCAAAUUAAUGGCUAUGCACAGGAACACUUUAAGUCUUGGAAGCGACCACGAUGAAAAUGAACAAUCAGAGGAUAAGCCUGAUGAGAUCUUCUCACAGAUUGUCAACCAGAAGGGAAGGUGAGCAGGAGAAAAGAUCAAUUAGAAAGGGUAUUACUGCAAUGUGUGAAAUCAAUCCAUGAAAUGUGAGAAAACUAAACUAACCACAGAUGAUACCUUCUAAAUACAUAAUUAUGUGUUUAAAGGUGUCUCUUAUUAUUUAUCUAUUUAGUCUCUGUUUACUGGAAAAUCUGCAUGACAAAACCAAU